UGCUGGUGCGGGUGCGGGUGCGGGUGCGGCAUUCCCCGCCUCUUAUAUUGGAGAAACCUAAAAGAAGAUCAUUAAAAAAACACAUUCGUGUGUUAGUCGAGUGCUUAUUUAGUGAAGAACAUUCUUCGGGGUUAGGAUAUGAAUAAAAGAAGCGUCAUUUCGUUUUUUUUGGUAGUGUUUUUAAUUUAUUAAAAACAUCCCAUCUAAAGUCGUACGUGGGGGGACAAGUGGCUUUGUCAUUCAUUAGAAGGGGUAGUAGAACAGAAGAAGUUUCUCUGUAACUUUGGAAGAGAGAAUCUGUGUCUAUUCUUUGUUGUUUUGUGUAUAGAAGAGAGAGAGAGAGAGAGAGGGAGUGAUGAUGAUGAUAUGAAGAAGAGAGUCCAAGUGGGGGCCUCUGGGGGUCCAUGAGGGGGCCUCCAAUGUGAGUGAGUGGAGAUUAUCAGUCGCUGGGAAGUGGAGACUGCAGCGUCAAGCAAAACCAAUGACAAAACCAUCAAAGAACACAUCACUAUCUUCCACCUACUCUCCCAACCAAAACGAGAAAGAGAAACGAUGUAACAUCAUCACUGAUAUUUUUUUUUCUUUGAUUAAUUUUCCAUCCUUUCUUUCAUUCCUACCUACUGCCAUACCAACUCUUGACCUUCCACUAAGCAAUCUCCUUUAUUCUUCCAUCGAGGAUUUUUUUUCCCUUUCUUUUUCCAUGGAUUCGUUUAAUCAGAGAAGUGGAUUCCGGUACAAUCUCAACUCGGACACAAUAAACGAUGCGAAUGGUGCUUCUGAGUUUUCGGGGAUUCUUGAAAUCUAUGUCCAUAAUGCUAGGAACAUUCACAACAUAUGUAUCUAUGAUAAACAAGAUGUGUAUGCAAAAUUUUCUCUUACUUAUAAUCCAGAUGAGAUCCUCUCUACUAGAGUCAUCAGUGGAGGUGGUAAGAACCCUGAUUUCAAUGAGAAUUUGAGGAUGAAAGUUACUCAGCUUGAUGCUGUACUCAAAUGUGAAAUCUGGAUGCUUAGCAGGGCUAGGAACCUUAUGGAAGACCAGCUUUUGGGGUUUGCUCUUGUCCCAAUUUCACAAGUGGUUAGAAAAGGAAAAGUGACCCAAGAUUAUAGUCUCUCUUCCACUGAUCUAUUCCAUUCUCCAGCAGGGACUGUCCAAUUGACUCUUUCUCUUAACACAUCUUUGCCUAUUAGUCCUUCCCUUAAUCCGUUAUCUGAAUUUUCUGCUAAUUCAUCUAUAACUUCAGAGGUUGUUCUGCUUGAUCGAAAAAUUUCGGAAGUGAUCUUGGACCCAGUUGAGUAUUGUAGGGUUGAGUUCCCUGAUAUCAAUGUAGUGAGGGAGAAUCAGCAAAUGGUGUCUGAGUACUUUGAUUUGGCAAGGCAUGGCUGUGGUGUCAAGCCUGGUUCUGGUGGAGUUGCUUCAUUUCUUCAUCUUGGUGCAUCUCCUCAGCUAGGUGAUGACUAUGAAAUGACUUUAAAUUCGUCUGAGGAAACUGUUUCUCCUAAUGGGAGCAUCCAGAACUCUGGCUUCUUUAGUUCUACUACAACAAGUUUGAGUGAUGAUAAGAAUUCGAGUGAUUCAAUCGAGAAAAAGAAUGGUAUGGUAGGGGAAUCAUCAAAUUCUGGUAAUGCAUCUGUAACUACAGAAGCAGGAAACCAUGGCCCAAGUGCUUGUCCAGAUACUCCAACUUCGAAAAAAGGAAGGGAAGUUAGAGAUGAGAAAGAGUCAAAAUUCUCAUGUAAGGAAGAGGAGGACAACAACAACAAAAGAGAAGGAAAUUUGGGUUCUUCUCAGUUUGGCCAUGUGUUUUCAGCUCCACUUGGGAGUAUCAAUCUUGAGGCUGAACAGUCUGCAAUGCAGCAACAAAUAGUGGACAUGUACAUGAGAAGCAUGCAACAAUUCACCGAGUCUUUGGCAAAGAUGAAGCUGCCAAUGGACCUUGAUAAGGCGGAAUGUCAAGAUCAUAGUGAUGCUAUUCGAAGCCAUAACAACAAAUUAGAAGUUGAGAAAAAGAAGGAUGGAUCGAGGGUGUUCUAUGGUAGCCGGGCUUUCUUCUGAACACUAAUUGAUGCUGCAAAAUAUUGUGCAAGUAAGUUUUUCUAGAAGUUUAUAGAGUUCGAUUACUUUAAAAUGUUUGUUUCCAUCGGCUUUAUAGUAUUUACUAUCCACUAAAUAGUAAAUUGUUAUUAAUGUGAAUAAUUGCCUCAAUUCACAUGUAUUUGUUCCGAUUCCGGUCACUACUAUAACAACAUUUUGUGUUCCUCUGGCUCUGCAGAGUUGUAGAAAUGUAAUUUUCUUUGUUUUAUAUAAAGUAUUUGGGUGCUUGAAGUUGAA